GCUCUCAGAAGCGCAAGGCUCAAAAAUGACCGAUAAUGUUGUGUUUUAUUGGACCGCAAAUAAGUUAGAAGUCGAAAGGUAUUUUUUUACCACCGGGAAUACAACAUGGUCUUUUGGAAGACCUUCGCUCGUUUUAUCCCAGCCGCCGACGCUUCGCAGAGAAUCGAAUACAGAUAAAGAUCAAUGUGUGAAAUUAAAAUUUGCUAAUACCGACAUGAGGGUGAAGAAGUAUUUAUCGUUUAGCCCGGGAAGAUUGGAAAAAAGUACAAACUUGACGCUGAAGGAUCUGGUGUUGCCGGAAGAAAUUUCAGAACGACCGGUGAAGAUUCAGUGUGAAUUUACUGUUUAUUCCGUGUUCGAUUUUAGUGUAGCUCCUGUACCAAUCGGUCCAGUCGGUCCCAUUGGAGAUGUCGAAUUGUCGUCGUUAAUGGGACGAGUAGAAAAAUUCGAUUGCUUGUCGAAAAAUCUUCUUUCGUUGUUGACAAGUGGCGACUUUUCUGAUCUCGUCCUUAGCUGCCAAUCAAGAGAAAUCAAAGUCCAUAAAGCCAUUUUGUCUUCUCGUUCGUCAGUAUUCGCUGGAAUGUUUUUGCACCAAAUGAGGGAAAACAUUAACAAUCGGGUUGAGGUUGCAGACAUUGAAGCAGACGUGCUGGUGGAAUUGAUGUCGUAUAUUUACACCGGUGUGGCUCACGAUUCGGAUUUGGACAUCAUUAGUGGCUUGUUCGCAGCAGCUGAGAAAUACGAUCUGCAAGAGCUCAAGAAGGUUUGUCGUUGUUUUUUGCAAAAUAAACUUUCGUUGGAUACAGUUACGGAUAUUAUUGUUUUAGCAGACAUUUAUAGUGACUCAGAACUCAAAAAUACUGCAAGAAAGUAUAUUCUAGAACAUUUCGAGCAAUUACGAACACUUGAAUCUUGGAAUAAAUUUUUGAAAGAGCAUCAAAACUUAGGCGUGGAAAUUCUCAGCAGCGUGAUGGACGCUUUGUUGCUACAAAAAUAAUCGACGAAAUGUUAAUAUUUAAUAUGUGGGUUCAUAGCACGAAAAUCUGUGAUAUAAUAUAAGGUAUGAAUUGCGAAAGAAAAGUUUAUUGUUAUAGUCAUAUUGUUAUUUUAGCUGCUAUUUAUAGUGACUUAGAGC